AUGCCAAAUAGCGGCGCUGCUGACGUACGGAAAGCGGCGACCGGUCUUUUUUUCGAAGCUGGCGGGGUACCUGGCUUUACGGAGGUGAUGGAUGAAGGGUCUGGAGACAUUAGUAUGGGGAUUUGUAAUGGGAAGGAGGAAGAAAACUUGUGUUUUGUGACGUUGGAAGAUACGGAAAAGAUCCCGCUGCGAGCUGAUUGGCUGCGCAGACACGCAAGGUGA